AUGGAAAGAAGCGCGAAAGUCCUGGCAUCCAAAGGUGAUGCUGUUUCCAGGGCAUUGUGCCAGCUUGGUGCCCAUCCUGACCAGAGAGUGCAGGCAGUUCGAUCUCUGGAGGCGCUUGCCCAAAGCCCCGAGGGCCGCUCCAGCAUCAUUGCAUCGGGUGGUGCAAAGAUGCUUGUUGCACUGCUCGUCAGACCUGGCGACCAGGUGCUUCCUUUCGAAAAGAUCCGAUUAGCCAACACCUUGGCAAUCUUGGCCACUUCACCACCGUGUCGUGCCGUGAUCAUCAACGCUGCAGCGAUACCGCAGCUCAUUCGACUUCUAGGAGGACUUCCGGAAGCGCAGGAAGCCGCCACGGAUGCGUUGACGGCGCUGGCGCCCGCAAAAGGGUCCCGCACAUUGAUGUUCGAGUGCGGUGUGCUGGACGUGAUUGAACGUGCUCUGGCAACAGAAGAUGCCGUUGGCAGACGAAGGUUCUGUCGCUUACUCGCAGCACUUCUGGAAGGAGACUCUUUGGAGGAACGUCUGCCCAGAGUUUGUGCGGCAAUCGACUCUGCGACUGUGGUGUCCAGCGUUGUAGCUCAACUGACAGACCCCGAAGGGGUGGAGCAGGCAGCAGCAGUUGUCGCGCUGAUGAGCUGCCAAACCGGGCUGAGAGUUCGGCUCAUGCAGGCAGGUGCCUUGUCCGUCCUCAAGGAUCUGCUAUGUGCGACCACAAGGGAGACCCUGGAGCAGGCCUUGACAGCCCUGGCGGCCAUCGUCACGGUGGAAAUGGUCCCGCAAGGCGAAGCAGCCGAGGACCUCGGUACGGCCCUGGUGGAAGACGCACUGUCCAGUGAAGUGCCCAAGAUAGUCCAGCUUCUACAAGGCCAGGACGAAGAGAUCCGCUGCGCAGCGGCUCAAACUAUCUUCCAACUGGCAGCGCGAGGUGAUAUGGAGAUGCAACUUCGAUUGGCUGAGCCGUUGCCGGCUCUGGUUGCGCUCGUGAAGGAUGGCAAAGCCAGGACUCGAGCGUGGGCAGUCAGCGCACUGCGGUUGCUUGGCAAUUCAUCGGAAGCGCGCGAGACCAUCACGCAAUCGGUGCCGAUGGAAGCGGAAGAGCGCGAGUGCUUGGCCGAAUCCUUUUUUGCUCAGCCGGGCACCUUCACUGGGGCGUGGGAUGCUCCGGUGCCAUUCAGCCACAUUGAAGCUGCUGACACAGAGGCAGACGGAGCUCACAACGGGUUGUCUUUGCUUGAAGAUGGCAUGCACUUGAGGUUCAGCGUUUGCGAUGCUCAGCCUGCUGCUGACGCUGCUAUGGCCGCUGAGCCGCUAGACUGCACCAUGCAGACAUGUCCAGACGUUAAGAGCAACGAGCAGUGGGCAACGAAUCUUGCAGGCCAUGCAGAGACGGCGCUCCAGCUGGAUUUGAUGGAAGGUGAAAAGACGAUGACACAGAAGUUAGAGGAGGAUCAGAAGGCAGAUGAGGAAUUGAAAGAGAAGUUUGAGUGCUGGUGCAAGCAGAACAACGAUGACAAGAGUGCGGCGGUGGCAGCUGCUCAGGAGAAGCUGACGAGUCUGAACGCGCUCGUGGAGGAGCUGGGGCCGAAAAUCGACCAGCUGGGAACACAGAUCCGCAGCUCCAAUGUUGAGCUGAACCAAAACAAAGCCACUGUGGAGAAAGCUGACGCAAUCCGCAAGCAACAGGAGGAAGCUUUCAAGGAGGACGAGGCGGCGUUGCUAACCUCAAUCGACCAGGCCUCCCAAGCCAUCACUGCGCUGAACAGCAGUGCAUCGGCCGAGAUGCAGCAGGCAUAUGCUUCCACUGGAUCUGCCUUGAUGCAAAUGUCGCCUCGUGAACUGCAAUCCAUGGGAAAUGGCUUGCGGCAGGUGAUGGAGAAUCGCGGAGCCCUCUCCUACAGCAGACUUUCCCGUGCAGACAGGUUGGCCCUGGACGACUUCAUGAGAGAUCCCUCCAAACUCCAGAAGGGGAGUGCCUUUCUGCAGCGGGAGGAUCCAACCAGUACGUGGGAAGACUUGCAGAAGGAAAUCACCGAGGAGAAGGAAAACGACAAGUCCUACAAGGCACUUAUUGCUGCGAAGACAGCUGAAAAGAAAGUGCUGGAAGAGCAGAUUGUGGCAAAGACUCAGGAGAAGUCUGAUGCAGAAACCACACUGGACUCGAGCGAUGACAAAUUCAAAGAGCGUGGGAAGCUCUGCAUGCAGAGCCGAACGCAGGAGAUGACGGCAGUGUCCAAGACCAUCCAGGUCCUGCGCAGCGGAUGCCUUAACUGCAACUUAGAUGGCUCAGACGUCUCCGGAAUCGUGAGCCUGGUGAGGGCGGCGCAUUCCAAGAGGGCAGAGCGAGCUGCCAGCAAAGUCAGUGCCUUCCUGAUGGAGCAGGGUCGCAGGUUGGGUGUUCAGAAGUUGGUCACCAUGGGACUCCGGAGCAGGAUUACAGCUUUGCAGAUGGAGCAGGAAGAUGAGAUGAAGUCCUGUGCCUCAGUGCUGCACAAGGAGAUGUGUGUGGACGACUUGAACCAAAACAAGCUAAACAUUGAGGAGAAGGAGGGCUGGGCCCUCAGUGUAAAGAGCCGAGCCGAAGACAAAGUGAAUGCCAGCCUUGACGAAGAAGGUGAGUGA